AUGGAACAAAUCGAACAUCCUGACGUGUUAGUCGAUUCUUUACCAUACAUUGAUCAAGAAAUUGAUUAUGAAGGAAUGCGAGCAAAAGUUGAUAAGCUUGUUGAACAAGAAAUGAGAAAACGACCUUCUCAAUCAAAACGAGAUUACGCUUCACAUUUUCCUUCUAAUUUCGAAUUAUUUAAAGAAUCACCUAUACUUGCAACAGAAUAUCAACGUGUUCAACAAGGAAAGCCAAUUGCAGAAAUGGAUACUA